AUGGAAGCAGUUAAGGUGGACGCCCUCCAGGAGGACUCGUGCCCAGUGGAUACUGGCGUUUUUAAAAAGUGGUGUUACAUAAGAAGGAAGAGAAAAGGCAAAGGCAAAUAUAGGGGCUAUACGCAUCUGCGCAAAUGGAAGUUCCUUCACUGGAAGUAUUCAAGCAGAGGGACAGGCGCGUCGACAGAAAGGUCCAAAGGGGAGAUACUGAAAAGUGCAGCUGUCACCCCAUACUGUAAGGAAAAAAUAAAACGGAAAGGUAAAAGAAUAUUCGUUUUGAGGAAGACACAAGGGAGAGGUAGCAUGAGUGCCGAUGGAAGCAAAACGAGUGUAGACAGAGAUAACAUUUUACCAAAAAAAAAAACGAACAAUUCGAAACUGAUACUGUUGUUAGCAAAAUAUGUGCACUCCUGGGACACAUCGAGGAAGAGUUCCAACGAUGCAAAUUUUUACAGUGACUCGACGUGCGCCUCGUCAAAGGAGAACGUGCACAUUUGGAAGGACAGAAGGGGUAGAGAACACCCAUACCUAUAUAAUGUUAUUAAAAAGUGGAAACACAACUGGAAGUACGAAAAAGAAAGAGACUUAAAUUUUAUCAAUCAUGUGAACUGCAGGGCUACUGUGGAAGUUCACUCACUCUUUACCUUCUUUUGCACAAAAUUAAAAAUUAAAGAUAAGGCAUAUUUUGAGAAGAAAAAUAUGUUAAGUAAAAUCGCCUCUAAGGAGAAAAGCUAUGGGAUUCAGAAGCAUGGAAGCAAGGACUAUUCUGCCAAGCUAAAAAAUCAAUACAUCCCAAAAAGUAAGGUAAAAAUUUUGAGCGACCUUAAGGGCAAACCUAGUAAAGCUCCUCUUUACAAAGCGCAAAAUACGCAGACCAUGAACGAUGAACAGGCGUUAGAGGAAAAGGAGCAAGUGCAUCAUGAGGAAAAUGAACAACAUCCCCACAUGGCGGAUAGUAAUAACGAUAAUAGUAAUGAUAAUGCUACAGAAAAUUUUCAGGCAGACGUGGUAACAGGAACCCCCGAUGGGGACGAUCAGUCAGAAUUAAAUGAAGACCAAUUUGUAGACGAAUUAGACAUAGCCGAUUUAGAAAACGAAGGAAAUAAAAAGGAGAAGACUUACUACACAGAUAGAUGCAUUCUGGAUAGAAGUGCCAAAAGGGUUUCCAUCCUUGACAAGUUAAAUAUAGGACAGGACGAUAAGCAGAAAGGAAAGGAAAAUUACCAAGGGGUUAAAAAGGAGGUACUAAAUGGAAAAAAUGGAAAAGGAGAAGAACAUUCGUAUGUAAAUAAAGCGGAAUUAAUAAAAAAGUCGUUUUCAAAUAAGGAAAAGGAGCUACCUCACGUAGGAAUAACACAGGAGAGGGGAGAAGUCAUCAGUUUGAAGGGAACCCAGGGUUCGAGUGAGCCCAGUGUGGCAUAUGCAAAGGAGGGAGGCAGUAACGUUGGAAACAACUGGGUGGGGGCAUACCCAGUAGAAAAAUAUAAAAUGCAUCCCCCGAGGAAGGGGUCUAUCAAGAGCCUACCCACAGAGGAAGUCGCCGUGGAUUCCCCCAUGAAGCGAUGGACAGACCCCUCCGUGAUUGGGCAAUUCGGGGAUGCCAAUAACGGCCAAGUUCCGUACGGCAUGAACAACCAGAUGGGAUAUAACCCAUAUGGUCCUCCCAAUUACCAAAUGAAUUAUGGAGCCAAUUUUCCAGUGAACGAAUGGGCUCAUUUCCCUGCGAACGGUCUGGCUAAUUUCCCGCUGAGCGACGGGGUGGGGAUGUACCCCAACGGUAGUAAUUAUCCAAACUAUAGUAAUAACCCCAAUUACGGAAAGGACCCCAACUUCGGGAAUGGGGCAAGUUACUCCCAAUGGGCAAACUACCAACCAUAUGGCAACAUCGAGGGGGGUGCACACAAGGUAGGAGUGAGACCAAGGGAAAACAACAUUAACGAAACGAAUCUGGUGGCGUAUAAUAACCAAAACAAGAUGAAAUACGACGAAGACUUCACCCUAAACUAUAUUCUUCAAAAGUGUGAAGACGACGAUAAGUUUUUCUUCAGCAACGAUGAGAAUAGUACAAACAACGGGACAGGGAACCAAAAUGAAUUGAAAAAAUAUACAGAAGGAAUGAAUAGGAUAGUAGAGCAAAUGUACUAUUAUGAUAAUUUUUACGACGAAUUCAAAAUAUGUGAGGGGGUAAAAGAAGAUUCGAACAUCACUCAUACCAUUAUAGAUACAUCCUUAAAUUUAAAUGUUAUUGAUGAGGAUGUGGAAAUGAAGAAAGAGAGCAGAGACAGCCAGGAGCUGAUUUCCCAGAUGGAGUUAAAAAUUAAUAAGCUAGAGAAAAAUAUCGAAGAAUUGAAGAAACAGAAUGAAAUGAAUGACAAGGGAAGGAAUAACCAAGGAGGGGUAAAAGGAGAGGAGGAAACAGGCGAGGGGAAGAAGAAGUCCAAGAGAAGCGCAGUCAUACACAAACUGAAAAGGGAAAUUGAAAGAAUAAAGAAGGAAAACAGGAAAAAAAAGAAAAAGGACAAAGAUAAAUGCAACGGAAAGGGGAAAGGGAAUGAUGGGGCCGAAGCACAGGAAGGAUCACCCCCAGAAGGAGAACAACCUGACAGCCCCAAUCAGGACAUCCCGAAUGAGGAUGCCCGCAAUCAGGACAAUUUCAACCUGGACAACCUCAUCAACGCAGACCAACUGAAUACAUUCAAAGACGAAAUUUUGAACAACGUAUACUAUUACAUAUACGAAUCGUACGACCAGAAAGACUUUGAAGUUUUGGAGAACCUAGCAAAGAAGCACGAAACGAAAGGGAGGAAAAUAACCUAUGACGUGAAUUUGCCCAAGCAUAGCUUUAAGCAUAAGAGGACAUCAAGCGCCUGGUUUUUAAACCCCAUGUACGAAAAUUACAUGCUUGAGAAGGAAAAAAAAAAAAAAAAAGCGAAAAUGGAUGAUAUGUCUGGCUCAACAUAUGACAAGGUGGAAUUUCUCUUUCACGAAUAUGAACAGGACAAUGUUGUAAAAUUGAAGGAAGAAAAUAAAAGUGGAGCCAUGUCGGAAAUCAGGGAUAGCGAUUUUUCUUAUGAAAGUUUUAUAAGUGAGAAAAAGAAAAAAAUAAAAAAAGACAAAAUUGAUCUGAUCAAAAUGAAGAAUGAGAUUAUCCGAAGAAGGGGAAAAACUAUUACCCCCGGAAGGGUAAAGGCCGACCUGAUGGAGAACACCGUAAUGGCAACAUUGGAAGGGGAAGAUAAGGAAGGGCAUGGUGAACAAAUGGAACAGAGGCAGGAUCAUCCAACGAAGAAUCCUCAAGAUGAAGAGGAAAAACAUACGCAGAACGACGUGGUGAAUGAUCUAUUUGUUGCGAUAAACAAUUACGUUCCAGAGAAGUCUCUAUUUGAUAUUUUCAAUUUUGGUUCGGAUGAUGAAAGUGCAGGAAACGCAGGGGUGGAAGGCGGAUGUAAGACGGAGGAAGGUGUGAUGAAGCAAGACGGAGAUGCUCUAAAGAAAGAAACAGUUAAGGAAGUCCCGCCCGAAGGGAGAAAGUGCAUCGAAGAGGGUAGCGCCCCGAAAGACGCAGAUAUGAACGCCGAAAUUGAGAAGAAACGGAAAGAGAAGGAACUUCUCGAACUGGAAAUAGAAAACGCUCGUAAAAAAAAGGAGUUGGAGGAGUUAGAGCUGCAGAUGCUGGAGAGGAGGAAAAUGAGCCUGUUGGCGGAUAGGUCAGUCGGAUCGGGGAACGAGAGCGAAAAGGCAGAAGAGGAUGUGGUACCAGAAAGAGAAGAGGUAGAAGACAAAGCAGACGAACCGGACGUACCGGACGAACCAGACAAAGCAAAGGGAAAAAACCAAGUCGAAGUGCAGUUGAAGAAGGAGGACAGCGAAGAAAAAGAAAAAAAUGAAGAAACGCAGGUCGGUGCACAGCGCACAGACAACGAGGUGAGUGCGGCGAGCCUCGACACGAUGCAAAGGGUUGAGGAUGAUCAUUACGCAAAAAAGGAAAAAGGAGAGAUGGCCAUGAAGAAGGAACCCCCACAAGUGCAAGACAAUGAAAUAAACGACUGCCUCUAUGACUAUUUAAAAAAACAAAAGCAGAAGAAGAAAAAAAAAAACAACUGGGCAUUGUAUGGAAGGCCCAAAGUGGAAAGGGAAAGAAACACUAUCCUUAGAAGACUAUCAACCUCCAAGAGUGACAGUGGAUUUAACGAUUAUGCUUAUUUGGCGGAACGCUUUUUCGAAGCAGUUACAGGAUAUCGAAGUGACCCCGAUGAGUACGAAUGCAGCGAGGAGGGAAGAGGAGGAGACAGGAAAGCUGAAUUUGGAGAAGGCUCCCAAGAUGGGCAGACAAAUUAUCCAGAAGAUCACACCGCAACCAUCCUUCACAUAAAUGAAAAGAUGAAAAAAAACGUAGAGCAAAGUGACGCGUUCCAUAAAUUAGGGAGACCAAAAUACAGGAAGAAAAGUAUCUACCAGAGGUUCAAAUCUACAACACAUAACACCAUUUUAAAGAAAAAUAGCUUAAAGAAAAAAAAAAUAUGUAUAAAAAGGAACAUGACGAAAAAUGAACCCCCCAAAUUUUAUGAAGAAAAUGAAAGAAUCAUAGAAAAGACGAAACUGAAGUUAAAGGAAAAACUAGCCAACAGAAGCGGACCCACAUUUUUGGAUAAUCUUUUGGGGAACAAUAAAACCUUAUCUGGGAUACCCCCCAAUGAGGGAAAUAGUAAUUUUAUGAAAAGCAGGACGAUGGAUUCGACGUUGCAGAACGGAAAUGAGGAAAACAAGAAGUUAGAUCUCAAAUAUAAGAGGAAAUUAAUUUACCAGGCACUGGGUAGUAGCAGCAGUCUGGGGUGCGCAGGUGGAGGAAAUGUGCAGGAAGAAGAGAGGGACGAGCAUUUGUUGAGAAUCGCAGAGAUGGAACAGGUGGAGGAGGAGAAGCGACUACAGGAAAAGAAACAGUUAGAGGAAGAGAAGCAUUUGGAGGAAAAGAAGCGGUUGGAGGAAAAGAAGCGGUUGGAGGAAAAGAAGCGGUUGGAGGAAAAGAAGCGGUUAGAGGAGAUAAAACGGUUAGAGGAGGUGAGAAGAUUAGAAGAUAUGAAGCUAUUAGAGGAACAGAAGCGAUUAGAAGAGAUGGAGCGGAUGGAAGAGGCGAAGAGGGCGGAAAGGGCACGCCGACUGGAGGAAAUGAAACGGCUGGAACAAAAGCGGCUAGAUCAGGUGAAAAGGAAGGUUGAGUUGAGGCGGAUGCAGGAGAAGGGGCUAAGUGAGGCAAAGCGGGAAGAAUACCAAAGGGAAGAAGCAAAGAUGAUGGAACAGCGGGCUAAACCGGAACCAGUAGAAAUGACCCCGAGGGAUGAAGAUAAAAAAAAGGAAAAGACACAACAAAAAAAGGACCUACUUAGAAACAUUAUGAAACAAAUUUAUACAGUGACUCCGCUAUCCUACUACCGGAAGGAGGAUAAGAGCAAAGACGGGAAGGAGAAAGAUCACGAGGGAAGGGAAGACACCGACGAAGUGGGUGAAAAAAUGGAAAGAUCUUCGUUGAAAUUAGAUAACGCAGAAGGUACAGGAAGGAACAACAUGCUUGGUAAAAGGGAUAAUUUAAAUAUCGAUAGAAGGGAGGAAUAUGAAGAGGAAGUAAACACUGCAUACCAUAUUGGCCAUGUGGGGGAUGACCAAAGCAGGGAGGAGAAACAUUUGCGGAACCUUUCGUGUGCAUCGAAUUACUCCAUGUUUGAGAAAAUGGAAAAGCAACGGAAGAAGAGUUUUAGGGGGAAGACAGCCAUGAAUGGAAGCAAAGGUGGUUACAAUAAACAUGGGAAAAGGGAUUUGUCAAAAAAUGCAUACAUGAACAAUUCUUUAAUAAUAAGUCAUGUCAUAAAUAAGGGGAAGGAUGAAAGGCAACAAAUAUCGGAUGCAGAGGGUGAUGACUCUGCUAAGGAGGAGACGGAUGGUGAACCAUCGCAUGGGGGAAUAGAAGACCACUUGGAAACGCGUGAAGACCCGAUCCGUAUAACCAUACUGGAUGAGGCGAAAAAGAAGAAGUUACUAAAAAUGAGAAAACUGAACCUCAAGUAUAGCAAUGUAUGUGAGGAGAAUAUAUGCCGUGCGAUAGGGGAAAACGUAGGGGAAGGAGUUUCAGGACAGAGUAAGGUAGACGAUUUGUUUGACGUAGAUGAGGAGGAUUUCUUCGCAACAGAAACGGAGGACUCUUUUUUGAAAGUGGACGAUGAGGGAGGAGAACAUAUAGAGGAAGACACCAUGGAAGAUAUAAAAACGCAUUUUUAUAAAGAACUAUAUACUGGGCGUGGGUACGGGGGAGGAGGCAGGAGCAACUUAGAGUUAUCAUCCUUGUGGACCGAUGAAUCCCCCCCUCACUAUGGCAGUUCCCCCCUUUAUUCUGCAGAGCUGAAAAACCUAAGCAGUUACGAUUUGUACACGAAGCAGAUAAGCACGGAUGAGGUAAUGUGGAGAAAUGCAAAACGACUGUCCCAAAGAAACGAAUUGGUAAGUAAGAGCAGUGCAGAGGUAGAACAGAAAGAUGACUUUUCGAGAAGCAGUCAAGAUGCUUACUUUGACUUUGAAAAGAAAAAAAUUUUUAGCAUAGAAGGGAAAUAUAAAAUGCAUGAAAAAAGUAUUAGUGCCUUAUCUAGUGACGAUUCGAUUCUUGCUUGGAGAAAAAGGUAUUACUUCAAUUCGUUGGGAAGGCACUAUGAUGAAGGAAGCGAUCCCUUCACUAAUUACUCUUUCGAGAAGAUAGACACACGGAAUUAUCACCGUGGGGGAAAAUUUGCACCACAUGAACACCAUGGCAGCAGUGACGAAGAGAUCCUUGCGAGCGUGAUGAACAAUUUAAAGGGCUUGAAUAAGAAGAUAAAGUCUAUAGAAAUGAGUUACCACAUUGGGAGUGGGGAGGGGAACAUGCCGGGAGGGGUGGAGGAAUGUCUGCACGGGCGGCGCUCCGGGAAGAUUCACCAUGUCGGUAGUCUCCAUGCUGACGACGACUAUACUGGUGGAUACCAACCCGGUGGGCACUAUACAGAUGCCCAAGAUGAAGACCUUUCCUCGUUUUCCCUUUACCACAGCAGGACCCAGCCGCACAUAAACACCUCAAAAACUUUCCAGAGGAUGUACUCGCGCCAGUAA